AUGCUGCCAUCGCUAGCACCAUGGAAUGCAGCAUUCACUAGCGCAGUGGCUUCUGAAUUAGAAUCUGAGCCAUUUGUUUCAUUCUCAUUUGCCAACGUAGGUGAACACGGGAUUCCUCACACCAGAACUUGUGUAUUCAGGGGAUUUCUCUUCAACGAUACCAAAACCAAUGUUCUUCUAUUUACAUGCGAUAAGAGAUCAGCAAAGUUUAAAGACCUCAUCAAAAAUUCCAAUUUUGAGGCAUGUUUCUAUUUCCAUAAAGCCCGUAAGCAAUUUAGAUUCAGCGGAGCGGCUAGGGUAAUAACAGAUGAGAGGUGUCCCAUCAUAGAUUUGACCAAUUUAUCUACGAUAUCGAAUUCUGAGGAUAUAAUUUGUCAGUCACAGAUUAGGCUAAACGAUAAUGAUCUUGUUGCGGAACAAGAACACGAUUUUUACUCCAUUGGACUUAACAACGUCGGAAUUGAUGAACCUUUGACGUACAAAAUCGUAUCCCCUUCGCAGAUACAAAAUAUGAACGCGAGUACAUUAUCACUAGCUGAUAUGAACAUACCACUUCAUGCUCCCACCGAGGAGGAAUGGAAAGCCGAAAGACAGAGAUGCUGGAAUGAUCUAUCCCGAAGUUUGAAGAGAUCUUUCAAAAGACCUCCACCAGGGUCAUUGCUAACAAACGAAAAGUAUACACUGCUGGAUUCGAUCAAUAGGGGUGUUGAUGGAACGUCAUCCGGCCAGGAAAACUUUGUUGUGGUUUGCAUGUUUGUGAAAGCUGUGGAUUUGAUAGAACUUACAGGUGGCGUCGAUAAACGUUACCUGUAUAAAAAAAGUUACGACAUCGAUGUUUGGAAGGAAUAUGAGGUUUGCCCUUGA